GAAAAAGAAUUUGAUUGGAGAAAAGUCUGAAAUCUUGUUUUGCUUUUUCGUGUAAUUUUUAAAGUUUUCGAAACAACAAGUUUCGAAUCUUUUCAAAGAGAACAUAAAAUGAUUUAUUAUUCAUCCCCUUCAUUGAGUGGAUUGAGUUAUCAUCAGUGAAAAACUGUUGGGAAAGAAAGAAAAAUCGUAAAGAGUUUCCCACCACCAACUUAUCUUGAGCAAUAAAAGGAAAAUAUUCUCGAUGAGCCAUUUUCAUUUUUUCUCGUAAUUUUUAUGUGCGUACUUGGAAUUUUCAUGCGAAAGAAAAACAAAAAAAAUAACGAAAAUCGUGAAAAAGAAGUCAUUUCAAUAAAAGGAAGAGAAAAUUGUGUGCGAUAUAUGUGUCAGUUUGAAGAGCUUGAGCACAGUGAAUAACUUAAACUCAUACCUGAGUUGGGGGAGAAAUAAAAAGGAAUGAAAAACAUUUCAGUGAAAAAGAAAGUUCUUUCGAAGAUCGAAUAAAAGGAGAAUAAAAUUGAUAUGUAAUAAGAAAUUUAUUUGUCUGAUAACAAACGAAAAGAAAAAAAAUAUUAAAACGAUUGAGAAAGGAAGAAUUUAAUCGUGAUUGAAGCAAGGCGAAUAGAAGAAUCCAGCAUCUGUGUGAUAUCGAAGUGAUAAGAUAUUGUAUUAUGUGAUAAAUAUAACAUAUAAACCAUAAUAAAAACAUAAAUUUCUCUCCAGCAAAUACAUAAAAGUUUCCUCGUGAAGGAACGAAAAAGGAAAAGAAAAUUUUGUGGAAGAAAAAAACAAAUCAAAACAUUUCUUCAAAAAAAAUCAAUGAGAGAAAAAAUAUUUCUUAAAGUCGUAUAUAUCUAAACGGUAAAAGAAGAAAAUUUCUAUUGAAUUGAAAGUUCAAAGGAAAAUGAGAAAAAUGUGCUUUAUCAGAUGUGAAGUGAAAAACGACACCGAGUAAAAAAAAUUGAUUAAAAACAUAAAAAAUUCUUUUUCUAUCUUCGCCCUUAAACUUGCAGUCUCUGAGAAGGAAAAAUUUAUGGAAUAAAAUUUGAUUUCUAUCGACGAGACAAGCAGUGAGAUAGCAAAGAUAAAAACUUUCAUUACUUUUUCAAAGUUUUUAGCAAUUCACCCGACAUCCAUUUUAUUGCCAUUUUCUUCGGAGAAUUAAACUUGAAGAAAGCAAUCAUAAAUUAUAGAAUUGAUUAGAUUGCACAGAACAUUGCGCUUAAACAAUUAAAAUUAAUCGUAAACAUCAAUUUUUGGAUUACUUUGAGAUCGUAAAAAGACUGGAGAAGGCAACAAACGUAUUAAGAGAAUAUUCGUUUCGUUCAACUUCCAUUCGAAGUCUAACGACAGAAAAUCAAAAUUUAUCGAUCACUGGAGCUUAAAUCAUUUGGAAAAAAGAAAAAAACAAACCAAAUAGAGCGCACAUCAGUUAGACAUACAAAUGUUAGCAUAUCAAAACGAACAAUUGUCAAGUUGCGCUUUCUUUUUACAUCCAGAUUCGGUUCAGGCCGAACUUUAUGAUAAGCAGAUUAUAUCGGGGGUAAGUUGUCAACAAUUUAUCAGUUUUCAUCU